AAUAUGUAUAAAUAUUGUGUAAGACAUCACAAAAAGCCAGCCAAGACAUACAUCGAAAACCAAUCAAAGUUAACGCCUCUUACUUUGGCCAGUAAACUUGGACGACAGAAGAUCUUCAAGGAAAUGUUGGAACUUGGAAGUUUGGAAUUCUGGAGAUAUAGCAACAUCACCUGUUCAGCCUAUCCUCUACUGGCACUCGACUCUAUUGGUCCAAAAGGGGAAACCAACUGGAAUUCGGCUCUGAUGAUAAUAAUAAACGGUGAAAGAGAUGAACACCUUGACAUGUUAGAGGGUGGAGUAAUGCGACAACUCCUGGACGAGAAGUGGGAGAGAUUUGCCAGGAAACGUUUCUUCCAGCGACUGGUGUUAGCGUUCGUACAUCUAAUACUGAUCAGUGGGGCAGUUUACACUCGACCAUCAAAGGACUUCCUCGUCUACAACGAGCCUAAGGACGCUAUCCGAUUUACGUGUGAAAUAUUGGUCUUACUUGGCUGUAUCCUCAUACUGGCGAUGGAAGUUGUGGAAAUCGGCUCACAGGGAAUUCUAGGUUUCUUAAAAAACUGUCAACACGCCCCUGCCCAAACGUUGUUUAUGAUAUCUUGUAUCCUGAUGCUACUGUGUAUUCCGGUUCGAUUCACGAAGCAGGAGAUGGCCGAGGAUAUCCUCCUCAUCAUUGCGGUGCCAGGAUCUUGGUUCUUCCUCCUCUUCUUUGCCAGAAGUGUCAAACUAACCGGUCCCUUCGUCACCAUGAUCUACAAAAUGUGUGUAGGCGACCUCGUACGAUUCGGGGCCAUCUAUACAAUAUUUCUCUUAGCCUUUUGCCAAGCUUUCUACUUCCUAUUCCAAGGAGCUACUGACAGUCAGGGUUUCACCAAUCUUGGGGACACUAUCAUGACCCUGUUCCAGAUGACUUUGGGCGAGUUCAAGUACCAGGAUUUCAACAACACCAAGUAUGCAUGGCUGACAAAGAUGGUGUUUGCGGUGUUCAUGAUUCUGGUGCCCAUCCUUCUCCUCAACAUGUUGAUCGCCAUGAUGGGCAAUACCUACCAGAUGGUCAUCCAGAAGUCAGAGAAAGAAUGGCGUAAACAGUGGGCCAAAAUUGUUGUCGUGCUGGAGAGAAGUUUUUCUAAGAAACAGCUGCUCCAGUUCCAGAAAGAAUACUCUGCUCGUCUGAGCGGCCGGCCGGUGGCAGAACUGGCCGCAUACGAUGGUAAGGACGAGGAAGACAGGAGAGCUCUCGUCGUGAUCAAGAGUUCCAACAAGACCAUCGCCAGACGCAGGAAAGCUGCGGUGAUUGCUUGGAAGAAAGCGGGAAAAGAGGUGAUGAAUCAGAUGAAAAGACACAAGAAACUCGGCAUCACUGGCCCACUCCAUCUCACGGAGGUUCAACGCAAACACCGCAUCUCCCGGCGCGGAUCACAUGAAUCCGUGGAAGAAAAUGACGAUGACAAGGGACACAUGUUCUCCAACAUGCUACAGCAGCUGGCAUGGGAGCAGGACAUUGACCUAACGAAGGGUCAGGCUCUGAUUACUGACCCGGAUCUUAUUGACAAAGUUACCCCCUCCUCUCCCGAGCCUAUAACACACUUCCCACAAAAUCACACCCCGAUAGCAAACGGACGAGCUCGAAAUCAUACUAAAUAUGUGAAAACUCCUGCUGGAACUCCAAAACAAAGUCCAAAAUCCUCCAACAGGAAGUUUGCUUACAACCGUGUGUCGCCAUUGUCUAUCGCACAAGCAAUGGCGCCACCUACAGACGAUUCAGAAAGUGAUAUGGAAGUGGCAAAAUUACUUGCUACAAAAAAGAGAGAUCACUCUAAAGAGUUGUCAAAACAGUUUAGUCAAAUGAGUAUAACAGAAAUAUCUGUUCAUGACAAAAAUGAAUAUGUACAAUUUAGAGGCUCAAAGCCCCCAACUAGACCACAUAAGUUAUCCUGGGAUGUGCCAAAAUUUGAGAGAAACCUUAAAACUGACGAUGAAAGUGCAAGUCAAGAUGGUUCUGUGGGGACAAAAAGCACAGGAUCAGCAUCGUCAACAACAAAAAUUAAAGUGAAAGAUAGUACAUCAUCAGGGUCAAAGGUCAAACGCAGCAGAUCAGAGUCAUCAAAAACACCCAGGGAUCGAAUUCGGGAGAUGGAACAACAUUCACAGAAAAAAUCUAAAAAAGACAAACCUGUAGAAAAAACUGUUUCACGGACAUCUUCAACUGCUUCUCUGCUAGACAUAUCCGACUGUAAGGAGAGUGAACUAUGAUGAGUGAGCUUUAAUACGUAAAGAGAGUAAUCUACAUGUAUAAUAUACUGUAAGGAGAGUGAACUAUGAUGAGUGAGCUUUAAUAUGCUGUGUAAAAAGUGUAUAAUAUACUGUAAGGAGAGUGAACUAUGAUGAGUGAGCUUUAAUAUGCUAUGUAAAAAGUGUAUAAUAUACUGUAAGGAGAAUGAAAUCUAGGGAGAGAAGAAUGAGCUCUUAGUGUACUGUUAAGUGAGUGAAAUCUAUUUUACCAUAACAUGAAGAGUGAGCUUUAGUUUACUAUGAGGUCAGUGAGCAACUCUGGUGUACUGUAAGGGAACUGGAGUGAACAGUAAGGGGACUGAUGCACUGUAAGGAGAAUGAGUUUGAGUGUAUUAGCUGAUGAUAAAAUCAUUGGGUUUUUUUCUUUUGAAGAAGGACAGUCUUUAUACAAGGGUUUACUGGUAAAAUAAAAUCUGAGAAAUGUUGGAAAGGUCAGAAUGAAAAUUUAAAAAGUGAUAAUAAGAUAUUUCUUUUGUGGUCAUUCCUAAUGAAAGCAGGUGUAAGUAAUACAGAUGUGAUACAACACCACUGUUUGUUUCUACACUUCAUUAUAAUUUAGAUGGUUUAUUGUCCCGAUCAUGGCAAGCCAAAGAUUUUGUUUAUUAAGUACCUGGUAAUGACUAAUGCUUUGAUGAGUAUGUAAGCAUGUAUGUAUGUGUGUAUGUAUGUAUGUAUGUAUGUAUG